AUCAAUGAACGGCAGCAGGGCACUGCGACCUCCGCUCGGCAGGCGGCGCUGCCUCUCCUGCACUGUAGUCAUCGCGGAUGUUCUUUCCCUGCUCAUUGGCACUUCGCUUCUUUCCACACACUGCACGUGGAAACAUGGCUACGGAUAGAUUGCAGUUUCACGAGAUGGGACUGGAAGAUCGCAUCUUGAAGGCUAUAGCAGACAUAGGUUGGUUUCAGCCCACCUUGAUCCAAGAGAAGGCAAUCCCUCUUGCACUCGAUGGAAAAGACAUUUUGGCAAGAGCUCGCACUGGCUCUGGGAAAACCGCUGCGUAUGCGGUGCCGGUUAUUCAGCACAUCCUGACCAUCAAGCAGCGUAUAACAGAACAAGCCGUUCGUGCUCUAAUUCUUGUGCCCAGCAAAGAGCUGGGACAGCAGGUUCAAAUCAUGAUCUGCCAACUGACUGCUUUUUGUGCUAGGGAUGUGCGAGUGGCAAACAUCUGUGGUCAGGCUGAUAUUUCGGCACAGAGACCCAUCCUCAUGGAGAAGCCAGACAUUGUUGUGGGUACUCCCUCCCGGGUUCUGGCUCACAUGAAUGCUCAGAAUCUCACUCUGAAGAAUUCCUUGGAAAUGCUUGUUAUUGAUGAGGCAGACUUGAUAUUUUCCUUUGGCUUUGAGAAUGAUCUCAAAAACUUGCUCUGUCAUCUGCCAAAGAUCUACCAAGCCUUUUUGAUGUCGGCUACAUUUAAUGAAGAUGUUGAGUCACUGAAGAAGCUUAUUCUUCAUAAUCCGGUGAUCCUGAAGCUUCAAGGGUCCCAACUACCCAACAGCUCCCAGCUCACACAAUACCACAUCUGUUGUGAAGAGGAGGACAAGUUUCUACUUAUCUACACUUUACUAAAACUGCGGCUAGUCCGUGGCAAGACUCUUCUGUUUGUUGGCUGCAUUGACCGCUGCUAUCGCUUAAAGCUGUUUUUGGAGCAGUUCAGUAUUCCUGCUUGUGUCCUCAACUCUGAACUCCCUAUUCAGUCCAGGUGUCACAUUAUUCAACAGUUUAAUAAAGGCUUCUAUGACUACAUUAUUGCCACAGAUGAGCAGUGUCUUAAUGAUCCAAAACCAGUAUCAACGACAGAUGAAAAGAAAAGCAAAAAGAAGAAAAGGAAACAAAACCAUAGCUCCAGUGGUCAGGACAAGGAGUAUGGUGUCUCAAGAGGAAUUGACUUUCAGAAUGUGGCAAAUGUUAUUAAUUUUGACUUCCCCCCGACUUUGGAAUCCUAUAUACAUAGAGUUGGAAGGACUGCUCGAGCAGACAAUCCUGGCACAGCUUUGACUUUUGUUUCACAUUCUGAACUGCAGCAGUUGUCAGAAAUUCAGGAAGCACUAACGACAGAGGACUCGAGUUGUUCCUUGAAGCCUUAUACAUUUAAGAUGCAAGAGAUUGAAGGCUUCAGAUACAGAUGCAGAGAUGCUAUGCGUUCUGUUACCAAGCAAGCUGUGCGGGAGGCAAGGCUGAAAGAAAUUAAAAAUGAGCUGCUGAAUUCAGAAAAGCUUAAGACUUACUUUGAAGAUAAUCCCAGGGAUCUGCAGCUGCUACGUCACGAUAAAGACCUCCACCCUGCUAUUGUGAAACCUCACCUUAAAAAUGUGCCUGACUAUCUCAUUCCUCAAACUCUGAAAGGGGUAGCAUGUCCUUUAAUUAAGAAGAAGAGGCAAAAGAAUUCUUUGAUGAAGUCUAGGGAUGUACCAAGAAGAUAUAACAAAAGGCAGAACCCAUUAAAUAGCUUCAGGUACAGAAAGACAACCAAAGGAACAGAAAACAAAACAAGCAAGUCCUAGAGCCUGGAACAUUGUGCUAGUUCAGGGAAUACAUUGAAUUUUUCAGGUGACCAGACAUUAUGAUGAUAAACUUCUUUUUUGCAACGUCGAGCAAGUACAAAUGGAGAAGGCUGGAAAAAAAUAUAUAUAUUUUUGCCAUUUCUGUGCCAUGAUGUAUUGACUUGCACCUUGAAAAAGAUGUCAUCUUAACCUGAUAAGAACUCAAUUUUUUGUCUGCAUGUACCUUAACACAGUUGGAGAAAAGGCAAAGUUGGCACCUGAGCAGCUAUCCCGCUGAAGAGACUGGUGGAGCCAAGGCAAAAUCAAAACAUUUCACAGUCAUUCCGAUUCUCUAGGAAGACUUCAUGUAUGAAUAAGACCAUUGUACAUAUUUAUUCACUUGUUACUUUUUUUCGCCACUCAGUAGCAAAUGCCCCUCCAUUGAGAUGAAGAGUGGAUCAUUUAUGUACAUGAUGGAAAAGAUUUGGGAUUGCUCUUAAUUUAGCAUAAUACUAAAUAUGAUUGUGCUGCAAAUAAAAAUUUAGAGUAUACUUCAAACGUUUAA